UAAUCGAGGAGAGAUGUCAGACAGAUAUGGUCAUUCAAGGAGCCAUUACUAUCCUGAAGACUGGAAGACGUCGACAAUGAACAGAACACUCCAGAAGUCAACAAGGCAGAAAUACAGUCAACCGAUUGAGGUGACAUCUUAUGGAGACAACAGACCAUCUUCUAACUAUCCCACUGACACAUUGACCAGUCGUAAGAGCAGUGGACAGUGCUGGAGUGAGCGGUCAAGCAGACAGUAUGAAGAAAUACCAGCAAUGUCAGGGAUCUAUGGUAGCCAACAGGAUACACCAGUGAACCCCGAAAGACAACAGUAUCAAGACAGAUAUGUGAAACCUCCAGAGAGACAGUUACCUUCAACACCAGAUGUCAUUACUAACUGACCACUGGUCAUUUAACUAAAUAUUGACCCUUUACAAUAAUAUUUCAAAUAACCACCAACCCCCUUCACUCACACAAACUAAUAUAAAUAUAAUAACUUCUCUCAUUACCUCACAAUUAUAAUAUUAUAUUCCAACCUAUGAUAGAAUAUAUGGACACUAACAGUGAAGUCAGCAACAUUUCAAACCACCACACACAC